AUGUCGAGUCACGACUCAAGACCUCUCGUGGUUUCCCGCAUUGUGCAUGCUCGCUCUGCUUGUCUCUGUGUGUCACGCGUCCCCCACCAGGCGCAGUCCUUCCAGAGCUACCAGGUGGCCACCGCUCACUCCGUCCUGCUGCCUCCGGUAUGCCAUCGGCCGCCUCUCCUCUGCCUGCCACGCUGCCCUAUCAUGCGCCCACCAUGUGACUUCACUUGCUACUCUGGCACAGCCCACCACGUGCCUCUCCUCUCCCUUGCCACCACGCGCUUCUCCCUUCCAAUCGCAGCCGCCGUCCUCCAACCGUUGGCUCUCAUGAUUCUCUGCGCGCACGCGUGUGCACGUGACUACUCCAAGGACUCGAGCUACUCCUUUGCCAGCAGCAGCGCUUUCUACACCUGGCUCAACGACAGCAUCAUUCAGGCAGGCAGGCGGGUCAAUCCGCUGCGCCAAGUGCAGAUCGACCUGGAAGGCUUAAAGGCGUCCCUGCUCUGCUUCCACCGCAUUUCUCCACUCCCUCCCUUAAAGGCCGUAUGGACGGACCCGCAGUGUGGCGACGGCACGUGCACGCCCCCCAUGGAGGUGCCAGCGGUGGGUCGCUUCGGGUUCGAGGGUGCUCAGGUAUUCACGGAAGUGGCAGGCUGGCACACGCUCACGCUGCAGCUGCCAGACAACGACUGGUUCGUCUCACUCACUGCACCAGACGGCGGGGUGAGCGUGUACGUGUACGAGUCACAGCCCACCACCAGCCAGGCCGGACCUCUGCUGCCUUCAGCCUCCCUUGACCCAGCUGCGGCAGCAGCAGCAUCAGCAGCACCGCCCUCCUCACCCACUCCUGCGCCUCCCCCCUCUAGCGCCGGCGCCCCUGCCUCCUCGCCCUCUGCAGCGCCGUCUCCUUCGGGGGGCGUGAAGGGGAGGGUGCGCCCGUCCAACGGCACAGGCGCUAACGUGCUGCUGGCGCUCAUCGAUGGCUGCGUGGCAGAUGGCGAGAGUGGUCUGCAGCGGUGCAGACAGACUUGCGCGGUUUGGUCUCUCUGCCUCCCACAGCUAUGCACCAACAGCAGCGGCAGUGCUAGCAGCAGCAGCAGUGCUGCCUCUCUGCCGAUGCGGGCGGCCUCCUUGGCUCUGGGCAGCUGCUUCCAGGCCUGCAACGCCAUGCUGCCCCGCACCUCCUUCCUCCCACCUGAUAACGUCUCCUGCCCCCAGGCAUUCACUCUCUUCGAGCCCUUCGUCCAGACGCCCUCAUGCACUGGUGCGCCCUCCUGCCCUCCCCACCCUCCUGCCCUCCCCACCCUCCUGCCCUCUCCUCCACCCUCCUGCCCCUCCCCCCCACCCUCCUGCCCCUCCCCCCCACCCUCCUGCCCUCCCCCCAAUCCUCCUGUGCCCCCAACCCUCCUGUCCUCUCCACCGUCCUGA